AUGCAACCAAAUCACACCCAACAGAUUGUUCAAAUACUUAGCUUACAGCAGCAUAUCUCCCAAAAUUUUCAAGAAGGUGAAGUGUUAGCUACGGCAUACUCCUUUAUGGAGGAAUUCUAG